AUGAAUCCCGAAAUCCAAACCCUGAGCAUGGAUUUCCCUGUAGCGCCAACGGCGCAACCCGGGCGGCAAGCGUCCACCAAUGGCGUCGUGCCACGUGUGUGCCACGUCAGCCUGGAGUAUUCCAUUCCAGGGGUGAAUUACUCUGCGUCAGUGGGCGGGCUGUUUAAAGUGGUGGAUCUUUUUAUCCGCAAAUUCCCCUUUCCCCUCUCCUUGAUCGUUCCGCGCCUGGCGGAUUUCCCGCUGCCGAGCCUCCCCCCAGCCGAGCCUGCGAAGCAAGGCGUCUCACAACUUAUCCCCUCCUUUCCCCCUUGCAUCGCAACUCUCCCCCCACUCUUCCCAUCGCUUCCGCUCCCUCUCGAUCUCCCCCACUCCUCCCCUCCUCCCCCCUCCCCCACUCUCGCGCCUCCCCCCCCCCCAGGUGCGCCAGUGCCAGCGCGGAGAUGGUGCUGUAUUCCGCCUGGAGCCAGGCAGUGGCGCAUGCUGCUCACGUCAUUGCGCCCCACGCUGACGUCAUACACCUGCAUGACUACCACGCUGCAACAACCCCACCAGCAGCAGCAGCAGCAGCAGCAACAGCAGCAGCAGCCGGAGCAGGAAGGGGGGGGAGAGGAGAUGCCGUUUCCUGCCUUUUGCAUCACUCUGCACAACGGUGACUUUCAGUCCACCUACUUCUCCUCUCCUCUCCUUCCCCUCUCCUCCUGUCCUCCUCCCCUCCUCCCCACCUCCUCCUCUCCUCCUCCUCUCCCUUACUCUGCCGCCCACCAGGAGUGGGUUCUGUCCACAUUCAAUGUAUCUGCAUUCGAGUUCCGCACCUACUGCUGCCACAGCAACACAUUCAACAUGCUGCAUGCCGCCCUGACCAUCCUCCAAGCCUGCCAGGCAGGCUCGGGGCUGGUAACCGUAUCGGAACACUACGCAGAGAGGCUGAAACGAAAGCUGAGCCUCUUUUGGGGGGUGGAGCGGAUUGUGAGUAUAAUGAAUGGGGUGGAUGAGGAGGAGAAUCCGGGGUGGGGGUUGAUGGAGAUAGCAGGGAGGAAGAGGGAGGCAAAGAGAAGUGUUAUGGAAGCGUAUGGGUUAGGGGUGAAGGGAGUGGAAGGAGGUGAGAGAGGGUGGGCGGGAGGGAGAGGAGGGGGAGUGGGAAGGAUAGAAGAGGGUGAGGGAGGAGGAGGAGAGGCGGUGGUGGUGCAGGUGGAGGGAGGAACGUUAUCAGAGGCGGACAGCGGCAGUCGUCUGUUUGUGUUCCUGGGGCGGCAGAGCUACCAGAAGGGCAGUGACCUGAUAGCGGCGGUGGCUGCACGCGUGUUGAGGGAGCAUCCUACGGCGAGCCUGGUGGUGCUGGGUCCCUGCACUGACUCACACGGACGACUGGCUGUGCAGAUCCUCUCCCGCCUGGCCGCCACAGCCUACCCCAACCGUCUAUACGCGUCUAAUACAGUGGUGACAGCGCGGGAGCGGGCAGCACUGAUGGCAGGAGCGGACUUUGUGCUGCUGCCCAGCCGCUUCGAGCCCUGCGGGUUGACAGACGUGGAGUUUGCUUGGAAGGGCGCGCUCGGGUGCGGCUUUCAAGUGGGUGGGCUGGGCAAGACCCCGGGGUUCUACCAGCCGCUCCAGUCGUCGUGCCACGAGCACCAGCAGCAGCAGCUUCUUCUUUUGAGGCGCCUCAAACAUCGUUUUUCUGGUGGGCUGGGCAAGACUCCAGGGUUCUACCAGCCGCUCCAGUCGUCGUGCCACGAGCACCAGCAGCAGCAGCUGCUUGCUGCGAUCAAUGCUGCCAUGGCCGCCCCCCCGCUCCUGCUCUCCCUCAUGCAGGCGCAUGCCACGCUGCUGCGCUUUUCGCCGCAGCACAUGUUCUCCCAGUACCUUCAGUGCUACAUGGACGCCAUUCAAGCCUCUUCCUCCUCCUCCUCCUUCUCCUGCUCCUCCUCCUCCUCCGCCUCCUACCCCACCUUCCUCCCUUUCUCCCCAAGCACCUCGCUGUUCCAAGCCUGCUGCUGCCUCCCAUCCCCCCCUUCGUCCUUGCUCCCACACCAGUCCAUCCUCCCUUCAAGCCUCCCUUCUAACCUCCAUCUAAACCUCCCUCCAAACCUCCCUCCAAACGUCCCUUCAACUGCGAACGCCCCCCUCGCAUGCACAUUCCUCGGCCCACCACUGCCCUCUUCCCUGUCCCCUCUCCUUCCCCCCUCCCAUCCUCCCCUCGCCCUCUGCCCCAUCGACCUCCUCUCCUCACUCUCCCACUCCACCAAGGCUCUCUUUAAGAAGCUUCUCUGGUCUUUCCUCCUCGCUGUUGCGUCGUGGGGGAGGGUCUGUGGAUUCAGGCAGCGGCACGGGUGUGCAGGGGGCGGGCAGCGGCUGCGAAAGCAUGGGCGUGGCGGAGUGGGCGGAGGGGUGCGCGCUCCCCAUCCCCCUCCUUCACCCCCUUCCCUCUCCUCCCUUUCCUAUGCUUCUUCCGUCUCUUUCUCCUCUCCUUCCUCCUCCUCUUCCUCCUCCCCCUCUUCCUCCUCUCCCUCUUCCUUUUCCCCCUCUUCCUUGUCCCCCUCUCCCUCUUCUCCAUCUUCUUCCUCCCCCUCUUCCUCCUCCCCCUCUUCCUCCUCCCCCUCCUCCUCCUCCCCCUUCUCCUGUACGCCUUCAUGCCCUUCCUCGUCCCCAAUCCCUACACCCUCUUCCUUCCCCCUUCCUCCUCCCACCUCCCAUCAUCAAUACCUUCCCUCUCUCCUCCACCGCCUCUACUCCUCUCUCCCUUCUCUCCCCUCUCUUCCCUCCUUCCUCACUCGCUCACAGAACCACUUCUUUCUCCUGCCAGCUCAACCCUCUCACUCUUCCUCCUCCUCCUCCUCCUCAUCCUCCCUGCAACCACCUUCUGGACAAUCGCAUUCGAUACAAUCACCUUCGGUGCCAGCACCUUGUGGCAUCCCUCACGUUUCAGUCGCACUGGAGUUCCCAGGGGAGCGAAGAGAUGGGGACGAGUCUUGGUGGGAUGGAGAGGAGGAGGAGGAGGAGGAGGAGGAGGAGGAGGAGGAGGAGGAGGAGGAGGAGGAGGAGGAGGAGGAGGAGGAGGAGGAGGAGGAGGAGGAGGAGGAGGAGGAGGGAGAGGGAGAAGAACAGGAGGAAGAGGAGGAGGAGGAAGAGGAGGAGACAGGCGACUGUGACUACCAGGAGUGUACCUUUGAGGCAUUGCUUAGGGAGGAUGGGGAGGAUGGGUGUUGCUACGAGGAAAGCACGCCUCACAUGAUGACAAGUGUGGCAGAAAAAUCCACCGGUGCUGGUACUCCCGGCAGUAGCAGCACCAGCAUGGGCUUUGAAACGUCGCACAUGUCUGGCUGUAGCAGCACCAGCAUGGGCUUUGAAACGUCGCACAUGUCUGGCUGUAGCAGCACCAGCAUGGGCUUUGAAACGUCGCACAUGUCUGGCUGUAGCAGCACCAGCAUGGGCUUUGAAACGUCGCACAUGUCUGGCUGUAGCAGCACCAGCAUGGGCUUUGAAACGUCGCACAUGUCUGGCUGUAGCAGCACCAGCAUGGGCUUUGAAACGUCGCACAUGUCUGGCUGUAGCAGCACCAGCACUGCCGGUACAGGAUCCGUGCUUGAUGCUGAUUGCGCUGAGUGCGCUGAGUGCGUUCAAGGGGUUGUUGAAGGAGUAGGGGAUGAAGAGGAGGCACUUCUCCGCUGUACGGAUGAAGAGGAGGCACUUCUCCGCUGUACGGAUGAAGAGGAGGCACUUCUCCGCUGUACGGAUGAAGAGGAGGCACUUCUCCGCUGUACGGAUGAAGAGGAGGCACUUCUCCGCUGUACGGAUGAAGAGGAGGCACUUCUCCGCUGUACGGAUGAAGAGGAGGCACUUCUCCGCUGUACGGAUGAAGAGGAGGCACUUCUCCGCUGUACGGAUGAAGAGGAGGCACUUCUCCGCUGUACGGAUGAAGAGGAGGCACUUCUCCGCUGUACGGAUGAAGAGGAGGCACUUCUCCGCUGUACUGGUGGCGCUGAUGGUGCUUCUGUUGGGGAUUUCCGUUCUCGCUGUAACAGCAGCAGCACUGGCAGGGGAAAUGUGCUUGAUUGUGAGUGCGUUCAGGGGGUUGUUGAGGGAGCAGGGGAGGAAGAAGAGGCACUUCUCCGUUGUAACGGUGGCGCUGAUGGUGCUGCUGGUGGUGCCUUCGGUUCUGUUGGUGCUCGUGAUGCUGGCGGUGCUACCGAAACCAUGGCAUCAGCAGGAGCAGCGGGUGCGGCAGUAGCAUCGGGUGCGGCAGUAGCAUCGGGUGCAGGACCAAAAACAGCAGAAGCACAGGUAGCAGCACGCUUAGAAGCACGCUCAGCAGCGCUUGCAGCAGGGUCGAUACAGCUGAAAUCUCAUCACUCGCAGCAGCACAGUUGCAGGAACGGGAGGACGUGCACGCACGCUUUUUCUGGCAACGCACGGAUCAUACAAGGAGGAGAAAUCGUGGGUGGGAGCACAGGAAAGGCAGCGUUAGCAAGGAGGAGAAAGAUUGCCCGGGGGAUCGCCCGGGGGAGACUUAGUCAAGGGGAUAGAAGCAGCAGGGUGCUGGGAGGGUGGUUUGAACAGGUGGUGCUGCUGGCAUGUGCUGCAACGGCCCUUCUUCCAGGAUGCAUGGUGCUGUUGAUUGCUCUGCACCGCUGGUGGCCUCUUCCUCUUCCCCUUCCUCUUCCUCUCCCUCCUCCUUCCUCUCCUCUUUCUCACCUGAUCCCAUACCCUCCUGGUGCUUCUCCCUCUGAGAUCCUCCGGGGAAUCACCGUUGGUACGAACACGUACCCACUCACCAUCUCCUCUCCUGACUCUCUCUCCUCUUCUCUCUCCUCCGCUCUCUCCUCCCCUCUCUCCUCCACUCUCUCCUCCCCUCUCGCCUCCUCGCCUUACCCCUCUCCUCCACACCCUCUCCCGUCUCCCUCCCUCCUCCUCUCCCUCUUCUCCUCUGUGUUCUCACUCUCCUCUCUCCUAUGGUCCCAUGUCGCGCUGCACCACUCUCCCCUCACGCUCAUACGGGUAGCCAUGCUUGGUUCAUGCGCCUCCAUGCUCCUCCUCUCCUCCGUCGCCCUCCCUCACUUCCCCUUCCUAAGCACGUAUAACCUCAGCAGCAGCAGCAGCAGCAGCAGCAGCAGCAGCAGUAAUUUGUUGCUGCGACUGGCCCUGGUGUCUCUCCCUCUAGCCUUCUUCUCAGCCUGCUCCGGCCCUGUGCUUAACGGUGAGUGCAAGCUCCAAGGCGUUUUGUAUUUUGAGUCGACUCAUUGA